UAGGUAGAUGGUUUUGUGGCUGGGUUGGUGUCCCAGUCCCUCCACCGGAAGUCUUUUCUGGUUACAGGAGAUGGCCUGUGCGGGCUUAAUGUUCCCUACUACUAAGAGUCUUAGCUUACGCAAGAUAUUCUUGUAAGCAAAGUGCGAAGUUAAUCACCGAUAGCCCAAGGUUUGCUAACAUAGAGGAAGAGCUCUCAUCACUAGGGGAACGGGAAGUCUCAGCGACAAGCUUAAGAGAGAAUGGCUGUCUCAAGGGCUCCAGCACCCGAUUCGGCCCAUCAGAGGAUGGUUUGGCUGUUUCCACUUGUCUUCUGCCUCGGCUCAGGGAGUGAAGUCUCACAAGGCAGCUCAGACCCCCAGCUAAUAAAUGGCAUUCUUGGGGAGUCUGUAGUUCUUCCUCUUGAGCUUCCUGCAGGAAAGACAGCCAGUGUCAUCGUCUGGAGUUAUGAAAGAGAAGCAUCACAUGUCACUACAAUCCUCAUCAUCCACCUAAAUGAGCCUGAAAGACCACUGAUCAUUAACAGUGAUCGAAAGAAGGAGAGGAGACUGAGCAUCACCCAGUCCUAUUCCCUGCAACUCAACAACCUCACACUGGCAGACACGGGAUCAUACACUGCGCAAGUAACCACAGAGGACACUGAGCCGACCAUCUUCAGAUAUACUCUGAAGGUUUUUGAACGACUGAGUAACCUAGAAAUUGCCAACCAUACUCUCCUGCUAGAGAAUGGGACCUGCCAGAUACACCUGGUCUGCAUUGUGAAGAAUCCAAAUCAGACUGUCUCAAUUGACUGGCAAGCGACAGGAAACAUCUUUUUAGGGGAACCAAAUGUUACCAUCUCUUGGGACCCGAGGAAUUCCGGUGACCAGACUUACAUCUGUAGAGCCGAGAAUGCUGUCAGCAAUUUGUCAGUCUCUGUCUCUACCCAGAGUCUCUGUGAAGAUGUUUUAACUAAUCCACACUGGAAUACAGUAUGGUUUAAAAUUAUAAUUUCAAUUAUCAUUGCUAUAAUUGUACUCAUCUUUGUGUGCGUGGGCAUAUGCGUUUGGAAGAGAAGAAGAGGUUCUCUUCCUUUGACUAGCCAGCAUCCAGAUUCCUCCCAGAACACAGAUACUCCGGGCUCUCCAGGGAACACCGUGUACGCACAAGUCACUCGUCCAAUGCAGGAACUGAAAAUCCCAAAACCUAUAAAAAAUGACUCCAUGACAAUUUACUCCAUAGUUAAUCACUCCAGAGAGCCCGUUUCUCCUAGGCUGAAUACUCUUAAGGACGUCAAGUUGUUGAAAGACUUUAAAGAAAUCCAAGUGGAACACAUCUACUGAUCCCUUGGAAGAGAACAGAAAAGAAGCCUGAUUUUCAACUGGCAAUGGAAUCUGGAUAUCUAGGGUUAUCACUUCAGAAUUGAUCCUUCAUACAAACGUCAGAUGCUUCAGGAGUAGCAAGAUCUGUAGUACAUAACCCCAAAACUACUUUUCAAUCAAAUCUAGGACAAAUCCUGCUCUGGAUAAUACACCAACAUGCUGCUUUCUCUCUGAUAACAGAGUUUUGACAGACAGAUUAUGAGUCAACAAGUAAUCAUUUCUCCUUCUAGAAGGCAGCAGGGUGUGAUUGGCUGUAGAGAGAGCAUGGUGUUUGGUUAAAUCUAGCAUUGAAUAUACCCACACUCAUGCCCUGACAAAUCAUUUACUUAGACAGGCCUCCUGGGAUGUUUCCUAUGUUCUUGGACCUUUAACCUCAUAGCCAAAAAUAAGAGGAGGAUAGCAAUACAUUGGUUCCAUUGCUCAUGACAGGAAUCUGAGCGAUCUGUGAAUAUAGUUUAUUACCAAGCACUUCAGACUCUACCUCCAAGAUAUAUUAAACAGACCUCCGUCUUUUCAACUUGUAGAUCAUUAUCAUACCUCCAUUCCUCCCGUCUGGAAUCUGGGGUACUCCAAUCACCUCUAAACAUCUCUUCUGAUUUUGCUCUUGUCUCCCCAUAAACCAUGGUCUAAAAGACAACCAGCACAAUGUCUUUAGUAUUGACCUGCUCUUUCUAGUGACUGCCCGAACCCUUGCAGACUCCUCAUUACACCCAGUGUUAAAGCCAGAGUCCAUGGCCCUGGAUGGUCUAGCACAUCCCCAGACUCCGAUAACUUCACUUUCCCCAUUCUCUGUUUGACCUCUGUGACCUUUUAGCUCUUCCGUCAGAGAAGAAAUUCUCCAUAUUACAGUGACUUACACCUCCCCCAAGGCCCUUCUUCUGCUUGUUGUGUACCUCCUGUUCUUUAGGCCAACUUAAAUACAUCAGCUUCUAUAAAAUACCUUUCCAGUGCACUCUAUCUAAAGUAGAGUCUCUUAAAUUUCCAUGUUGUCUAUCACAUGUCAUUGAAUAUUUAUUUUUAAUAUCUGUUUCCAUGGGAUCAGAGACAAUAAUUAUUUUUUAUUGCUGUAAUCAUUAAUAUGUAGAACAUUGUAAGUGUUCAAAUAAUACCUUUAAUAAAUAAAUGUAUACAUAAUGAA